AUGAUACCACCGUCACUCAGCUCGAAACUUCAGACCUGUUCGAAACCAAUCAACCUUUACAGAGAAGGGAAACUUCAACGCGUAGAUGAAGCCGCACUCACGACACAUAUUCCUGGAAGUUCUGCUAUGCCAACGGAAUCUGUGACAACUGAUAGGCCUACCACUGAGAUAUUAGGAGUGGAAGAUAGCACAGUAGCUCCGACAACCUCCUUACCAUUUACAGAAUCCGCACUCACGACACAUAUUCCUGGAAGUUCUGCUAUGCCAACGGAAUCUGUGACAACUGAUAAGCCUACCACUGAGGUAUUAGGAGUGGAAGAUACCACAGUAGCUCCGACAACUUCCUUACCAUUUACAGAAUAUUCUUACAACAACACUCAGUGUCAGCAAGGCUGGGACAUCUUUGGCCACAAGUGCUACAUGUACGUUUCAGUGGAUGAAAAUUGGAAAUGGCAUUCCGAUAAUUGUGAGAAUAAUUACAGCGCAACCAUGUUGGUGAUCGAAUCAAGAGAGGAAAAUGAUUUCAUCAGUCGUGCAUACGGCAAUAACAUGUGGGAUAUCUGGAUUGGAUGCUUCCAGCAAACGAAUUUAACGUAUUGGUUAUGUCCUAAAACUGGCGCGAAGUGGUUCGAAACGAGGGAUUCCAUCGACACAGGCUACUGGAACUGGGCACCGGGCGAACCGAAUGAAGAUAGUGGCCCAACGAAGGCGUGUCUUCGUGUGUACUUCAGAGAGGACUCAUAUUUCAGUCAAUGGAGAGAUCGAGACUGUGAAACGUUCUCCUACAGAUCUGUUUGUCAGAAGGAUCUUGAAUAGAU